CUAUGUGUGCAGUACAGUUUAUUAUUCCAAGUAUAAUAGUUGUUGACUCUGAGAAAACAGCUGAGGAUCAAAUCAGAACCCAGAUUACGCUGUACACACCUGUGGAUUACAACAUAAAUAAAGGAAAGUUUGAACUGGAAGGAGAAAGUAAAGACGCAGAAAGAAGAGGCGAAAACGGAGAAGGAAGAAAAGGAAGAACUGAACAUGACGGGGUGGGAAGGGAAGGAAGAGGAGAAAACGGAGAAGGAAGAAAGGGAAGAACUGAACAUGACGGAGUGGGAAGGAAAGGAAGAGGAGAAUACAGAGAAAAUGAAGAUGAAGGAAGGAGAGGAAGAAUUUCUAAUAAUGAAGAAAGCUCAAAGAAGGUUGAUCUUUCUGAGAACAAAAUCAAGGAAAUCGUCCAAAGACAGAAAAGAAUUGAGACCAAACAGUGUGAAAAACCUAGAAGCCAGGAGAGAAAACUUAUUAGAAACAAUUCCUGUGAGAUCUAUCCUAAAAGAAGCAAACGAAUUUCUGUCGAUGAUGGAAGACGAUAUUUAGAGAAACGAGUAAUAAAACCUGGAAAACAAGAAUCAGACAGAUCAGUUGGGUUCACUCUAAAAAAAAAUCAAUGGAAAUCACAGGAUUCAAUAUUAGAAACUCCUUCAGGCGUCAGUCAUAACUGGAGCUCUCAAGAACCUGGAUACAGGGAUAGUAGAGGGGUAAAAUCUGGCUCUGGAUCUCCAGGGUAUAAACACAAUAAGAGAGAAGGAAACGAGACCCGUCCUGUCCUAGCAGGAGAUAUUACUCAAGGACGUAUUGGACUAUCCAACAACCGCGAGGAAAGGCUCCAACAAGACCAGCUGGCAAAGCUUGGACGGAAAAACUCUGUGUCUUUGGAAAAGGAAAGACAGGAAAACGCCGGUUUAGUCUUUUCAUCUGAAUUAGUUUACGAAGUAAUGAAGGAGGAGGAGAAAAAAGACUAUAAACCAUCAGGUUCAGGUUCAGGAGCAACCAUAUCUCCGAACCCAACCAAAAGUAGGCCAGGAUCAAGUUCUCCGGGUCUAAGAACCAGUAGAAGUAAGUCCAGAGGAGAUGAAACUAUUAAACAUCCUAAAGAGGAACCAAAGCCUGAGCGAGUAGUUCCGGAUGCUAUAAGAAACGCUGUUCCCACCGGAACUGUUCUAAAGAAAAGGGAUCUAGAGUUUUGUAAACGUCACACAAGAUUUGAUGAAAAGACAAUAACCUGGUGGUUUAAAUCAUUCAGAAAGGAAUGUCCGAACGGAAAGCUGUCACGUGCCCAUCUGCUCCAGCUGUUUCGUCAGGUCUUUCCGGCGGGCAAUGGAGAAACUUUCUGUACUCAUAUCUUCCGAAUAUUUGAUUCAGAUGGAAAUAGUUUCCUAGAUUUUAAGGAAUUCUUGAUGGCUCUAGAUAUUGCUCAGUGCACAGAUGAAAAGGAAAAGUUAGAAUGGGCUUUCAGAAUGUAUGAUGUUGAUGCUAGUGGAAGUGUAAACCUAGUGGAAAUGAUAAAUAUAAUCUCUACUAUGGAUGAUCUUGAAGGGGAAGAAGUUAGGCCUGGAAUGGAUUCUCCUGCUGAAAGGGCUCGCGAGGUGUUUAGCAAGCUUGAUUUGGAUGGAGAUGGGUCCUUGACAAUGAAAGAGUUUGUAUCAGGAUACCUUAAACUGCUUGAUAUUCCGGAAUCUUGAAGUAAACCUUAAACUACUUAAUAUUCCGGAAUCUUGAAGUAAACCUUAAACUACUUAAUAUUCCUGAAUCUUGAAGUAAACCUUAAACUACUUAAUAUUCCGGAAUCAUGAAGUAACCUUAAACUACUUAAUAUUCCGGAAUCUUGAAGUAAACCUUAAACUACUUGAUAUUCCGGAAUCUUGAAAUAAACCUUAAACUACUUGAUAUUCCGGAAUCAUGAAGUAACCUUAAACUACUUAAAAUUUCGGAAUCUUGAAGUAAACCUUAAACAACUUGAUAUUCCGGAAUCUUGAGGUAAACCUUAAACUACAUGAUAUUCCGGAAUCUUGAAGUCUUAAACUACUUGAUAUUCCGGAAUCUUGAAGUAAAACUUAAAAUACUUAAUAUUCUGUAAUCAUGAUUAAACCUUAAACAACUUGAUAUUCCGGAAUCUUGAAGUAAACCUUAAACUACGGAAUCUUGAAGUCCAACCUUAAUAUUCCGGAAAAUGAAUAAAACCUCAAACUACUCACACUGCAAAAAGUCUCAUUAAUGUGUUCUUACUGUGCAGUGCUCAUCAUAAUUAUAUGUCUUCGUCAAAAAUGUAUAUUAUAUCCUAUUGUAUUACAUCCUAAGAAACUAUUUUUUUCAGAAACAUAAAUGUUACCAAAAACUCUGCUGUUUCGAAAGUAAAGCAGUAAAUUUUAAACUGGAAAUAUUGUAAAAUUUACUUCAAAGAAGAAUUUUGUUAAAGCUUUGAUAAUGUCGUAAACUAUCAGCAUUUCCUUAAUUCAAAAAUAUUUCUGAUUUUGUCGUAAUUUAAUUUUGUUUGUUUUAAUGAAAUUCUUAUACAUGCAAAAAGGAAUUCAGUUUUUGCCACAAACUAAAUUUUCUCAU